AGUUCGUUGUUGCAGGUGCUCGGUUGUUGCUGUUGUUGUUGCUGUUGCUGUUGCUGCUGUGCGGCCGCCACCGUUCGUUCGGUUCGUGCUAGUGUUUUGGUCUGCACGGACCUCUCGCUCUCGCUCUCGCUCUCUAUCAUUCGCUCUCAGCAACGCUCAGAGUUCAAGAACAUAGUAUAGUACUGUGCGUGCGUGUACGUGCGUGUGUUCCUAUCUGUGAGUGUGUGUGCGUGUGUGUGUAUCGUGGUGUGAGAAACACAGAAAACGCGGAAGCAAAUCUCGUGAAAGCCCACCCGCCAGGAAGAAGUGACGACGAGACGCGGAAGAAGAGAAAGAAGAGUUUGUGUGCAUUUAGUGAAUGCCGCCGCCGGUCGUGUAUUAGUGUGCGCUGUUCGUGUUCGUGUCCGUGCGUUGUGCGUAAAUUCCGUGUGAUUCCCUUUCCUCCGGGGCCGGGGUGCCCAUAUUGUCCUCGUGCAACUCCUCCUCCGGGAGCACAAUGCCCGCCACAUCGCCCGUUUACUACGGGAAGUCACACUACUACAAAUGCACCGACCUAGAGCUCUACGAUAGCUCCGAGGACAUCCGUGAUGACGGAUGGGAUGACGGUGGUGGUGGUGGUGGUGGUGAUGGUGGUACAGAUGCUGGUGAUAAUGUAGAAGGAAGUGAGGAGCAAAGUGUAGAGCAAAAUGUACUGGAACUGGAGAGCGCCAAGGAUGCAGGAGCGCUGCUUACAGUCGCCAUCGCACGUCCGAUGCCAUCAACUACCACCGCAACAUCCGCCGAGGUUGUACGGGACUUGCUAGUGUCCGCGCUGGCCAGGUUUAAUCCGGAACCGUCCGUGAGCUCCGGCGUGUCGUUCGUGAGUCAUCUCCUCGAGUACAUUGUGGCACGUCGGGCAGAAUUUGUGAUGGCCAGUGGCACCACAAGUACCGCGCCGCCAGCCCAGCAACCGUUAGUGGACGGUUUGUGUUGUCCCAUCUGUGAGGGUGUCCUGCGCUACCCGGUAACGGCCACCUGUGGUCAUACGUUCUGCCGGCAGUGUUGCUUCGGCCACAGUAGCUGCACCGUCUGUGGGCAACGGUUUCCAUCGAUCGCCCAAACGCCACUAGUGACCGCCUCAUCGACGGUCGUUUCCGUCGUGGCAUCCCCAUCAACGUCGAGCACAGUGCCAGCCCGUACCAGCGAUGCGUCGCUGGAAUUGACACGCUAUGACGCAGUUGACAGUUCGACGACCGCCACGACAACGGUUGUUGGAUUCGAGCAGGACAUUCUAAUCCGGCGGCUCGUCGAACGCUGGUGGGGUCCGGAGCUGAAGGCGGCCGAACUGCAGGAGGAAGCACAACGCCAUCUGGAGGCGCACUCGCUCGACGAAGCCCUCCGCUGCUGCAAUCAAAGUCUAGAGCACGCACCCAACAGCACCAAGGGGCUGCAGCUGCGGUCGGAGGUUCUCUAUCGUCUGCAGCACUACCAGAGUGCGCUGGCCGACGCGGACAGUGCCAUCAAAUGCCAUCCCCUGUCGCAUAAGGCCUACCACUGCAGGGCACUAUCGUUAUCCGCUCUGCAACGUCACGAGGAUGCGAUCGUGGCACGCUGUCUCUCACUGUUCCUCGAUCGCCACUCGGUCGGUGUACCGGAUGAGCUCAAAUCGGAGCUACUACAAGAUCUUCAGCAACUGUUUGCACCCUCCGAGAGAUCUGCGACCAGAAUCAGAAGCCCACCACCACCACCACCGGUCGAUCCGCUCGCCACGAUCAUCUUUGACAGUUCCUACGAGCUGAUGGCGGGUUGCCGGAAGCGGCGCCAUCACCGGCCACUGCUCGCACCGCAACGCCGCAAAGCGAAGAAACAAUUCGUCACUCUGCGUCAGGUUGACUUCGACGGGGAUCAUUCCGAUUACGGUGACGUCGGUGACGAGGACUACCUCAGCCCGGUUCUGUUCGAGUACAUGGACGAUCCGUUCUGCGAGGUAGAAGAACCACCGACACGACGGUACCAUCAACGGCAACACCGGAGUCACCAUCGGAGGCGUAGGAAAGGGGCGGACGUUGGUGGCCGUGUUAACGAGUCACUGGCAAGUGGCCAUUGCGCGAGCCUCGAGCAGCAGCAGCAGCAGCCCGAGACUGAAGGACUGCGAGUAGCGGGAGAUGAGCAGCACCUGCGGGACCAUCGGUAUCAUCAGCAGGUGGACGAGGACCGCCAGCAUGACAUUCCCAUCCAGGCGAACGGCCAGAAGAGGUUGCGCUCGCUGCUGGAUCGUAUCGAUUGCGAGCUGGAGGCGAUACGGUGGGGUGAUAUGACACCGGUCCGGUUACCGGUCAACCCAACCCUGAUCGAACCCUCCGACUUUGACUGCGUGCUGUGUGGCCGGAUGCUCUGGCGUCCGGUAGUGACACCGUGCGGUCACACCUACUGCUGGGUUUGUCUCGAUCGCUGUAUGGACUACUCUUCCUCCUGUCCGCUCUGUAUGGCACCGCUGGUCGAGCAGUUCCGGCAUCAUCAUCUCAGUACGGGUUCGGGCGCCCAUCAGCACCAAGGGAGCACCACCACGACUACCGGUGGUAGUGAUGCGGCACGAGGGAUAAACGCGGGUGCCGCCACCGGCAACGCUAUCGGCACCUCGACCUCGGCAAAUCUGAUCUCACUGGCGAAGCGGAAAAUGACGCGCUUCGUCGAUCUCGCCAUGCAGCGCUUCAUCCCGGAGGCGUACGAGCGGCGCCAGCAGCAGGAACAGGACCGUGAACCGACCGUACCGGUCUUCAUCUGUACCACGGCCUUUCCCUCGGUCCCGUGCCCACUGUUCGUCUACGAACAGCGUUACCGGUUGAUGGUACGACGGGCGAUCGAAAGUGGCGAACGACAGUUCGGGAUCGCACUGCCGACGGUCAACAGUCGCCAGCGGUACGUCGAAUAUGGGACAAUGCUGGACAUACGGGACUGUGUGCAGCUCGGUGAUGGUUGCUCCAUCCUUUCGACCGUCGGCGGUCGACGGUUUCGCGUCGUCGCACGUCACGAGAAGGACGGCUACGAUACGGCCAACGUGGAGUUCUUUGAGGACGAAAAGCUCGGCGUCGUCACGGAGGAUGGUGAGGCGGAAGAGCGGCUCCAAUCGGUACGGGAGCUACACGAGAAGGUGCUGCUGAAGGCGAUCGGUUGGCACCAGAGCCUACCGGAGACGAUCCGGUGCGAGAUCUUCAAAAGCUUCGGCAAAAUGCCGGACCUGGAGGAUAACUGGGAGGAUGUGGCCGAUGGGCCGGCGUGGGCCUGGUGGAUUAUCGCCAUACUACCCCUCAACGAUAAGCUCAAGGUUGAUAUCCUCUCGACCACGAGCCUCGAGAAGCGGUUGCGUGCCAUCGACAAAACGCUGAACCUGGAGUCGGCCCAACAGAAGCGCCAGCGUUCGGUGUGCGUCGCGAUGGCAACGAGCGCCGGUACGACCGCCUGCUGUGAAGGACUAUCAUCGACGCAACAGUGCCAGGCGCUUGACUGUUGCCUGCGCGAAAGAACUACCUCAAGCGUUCAUAAUCACCACGAUGCCGAGAGGCGAGAGAUCUUGCCGAACCCGCACCACCACCACCUGCAUCACCAUCAUCAUCACCACCAUCAUCAUCAUCACCAUCAUCAUCAUCAUCACCACCACCAUCCUUUGAGCUCGGCCGCGGACGAGUACCUGCUGUAGAAGAGAACACCCAGCUCAUAGCCAGGUCCCCCUUUUUCCGGUACAUCCAUCACUCCCGCAAACGGUGGCAACGGCCAGAUCUCAUCGAUCGAUACUGCAUCCCGCCCCUCCUCGGGCGCUGCACAACUCCCGCACCCUUCUUCCGGCGGUGUGUAGCGCGCAGUCAUCAUCCGGCCGGCAGUCAUCAUCGCCUCUCCCUUCUUUGUAUGCUACAGCAGUAGCAAGAGCCGCCGCCGCCGCCGUGCAGAGCCUUGGCGCUAUAUUAUGUAAUAAUCUAUCUUAAUCCUAACUCAAUCGAAACGCAACCGAUGGAUCAAUAGUCAGUCAAACGUCAGACGUUAGGCGGUGACGAAGGUAGAGAGGAUACGCGCGGUAUUCUCAAUGGCUUCUUGUUGAUGUGAUGAUGAUGAUAAGAGAUUGUGUAUGUGCAUGUGUGUGUGUGUGUGUGUGUGUGUGAAUGUUGAAGGUUUGUUUGUGUGUUUUGUUGUGGAAAGUGUACCCCGCAUACAAGUACAAGACUCCGGGACCCAGGGUGAUGUCCAGAUGCAUUUCAGAUUUUUGAAGGGGUUGAGAAUGUGAUUGUGAUUUGGGGGGCGGUGAGGCGGCGCACGAUUUGAUGCGAGCGAGCGAGCGAUGGACACCGGGUGUCCAGUAUAUCCUGUUAAUAUCCGUUAAGCAAAUCAAGCUUUAAUGAUUGUAAUAUUCCAAAACGCCAAAUGACUUUUUUCCAACACCAUCAUCAUCUUCACUCAAAAACCAACGAUCCAACGGAAUGUCCGCUCGGGUUUUUUUAACCUCAACUCAAGUCUUUUCACGGAACCGUUGCAUUCAAUGCGCAAUGCAAUGAUCUCCCUCUUUUCGAAACCAACAACUCUCUAGCCACCUUUUCCUUCCUUCUGUCUAUUGUGAACACACACACACACACUUUACAACGUUUUCCCAUCCGGUUUUCUCCUUCCUAGAACGUACAAUUUGUAUCGCUUUUUGGCCGCCUCGGGCACUUGGUAUAGAGAGGCCAUCAUCAUCCGCCGUUCCGCGGGACCGCCAACAAAUGCGCACGCGGGGGGCAGCGCGGAAGGAAAUAAAUGAUUAAGCAAACAUAUUAAACGUUUUUUCUCUCUUCUUCCACUCUAUGACACCGUUUUCUGCUUCCCCGUUUCCACCUCUUAUCCUCUUACAUCUACCGAGAGUCUACAUUUAUCUCGAUGUAGGGUUACACUUAUCCUGCUUAGCGAACACGUAUGUAACCAACCAAUUCGCCUACUACCGGGCACUUCCGGGCUAUCAGAACUAAGCUAUUAUUAUCGCGAAGUACCAGUACCGUGUAAUCGUCUGUAACGCUCUUCACCUAUUUCCUGUUUACUGUCUCAAAUUGUUCUCCUCUCUCUCUUUCUCUAUUUCGCUUGUAUAUGCGCCUUCGACCCAUAUAUAUCGAACGUUUCUGAGCAUCUUUUCUCCAAUUUUCCACGUGCACCUACCAUCUUUCCGAUUUUCUCCUUUUCUACUUUUUCUACCUUCCAAAUUGUAAUCCACUUCCUAGUUGUACUACUCGCGGGUUUGACUAAUGUUAGAUACAGCAUCACACAAACAAAAAAAUACCACACCAAGUGCAUGAGCAUAAGCUAGGAAGCGGUUAAAGCGAAACCACAUUACUCACGCACAAACUACCGAAAAUAUGGUGCAAAUGAAGCCACAGUUCCAACCAGUUCCUGGACAGUCAUUAGAGUUAAUCGAGGUGUGUUGAGAAUGAGAAUGUGAAGAAAUGCAUGAAGAAAGAACAGAUUGGGGGAAAAGAUGGAGAGCGAUGCUGUGAGAAUGUGAGGACAAUCUUCCAAAUGGUGACCAAACGAAACAAACGAAACAAAACAAAACAAACGUACAGUGCAACGCAAACAACGGUUUUCUCAAACGGAAGAGUGCUACUCUCCGAUUCCUGAACAAUCAUUCAAGCCACUCAGCGCUACCAGAAAGGGAUUUGCUUCAUAAGAUCACUUCUUCUCUCGGUGUAGCCAUAGAUGUCAAAGAAGAAUCACGCCGCGCGAAGGAUGCACGCACGAAUGCUGCACGAAGGCAGAAAGGGACAUACGGACGUAGCCUAAGUCAUGCUCCAAACAAUCAGCCGAAUCAAAUUUGUCAUGAGUUUCGUUUCAUUCUAACUCCCACACCCUCCCAGUAGGGGUUCCACAUUGUUUGGUUACCCGGAAUGGCUUGAAGUUAAUAGGUAAAUAGAAUAGAAACUGGGAUGAACAUCCUCAUCGUAGUAGAUUAUCCGAAAAUCCGAAACUGAUCCAGAAGUGUGUUUCCGUUCGUUUAUGUGAUUGUAGAAUUACCAACCAACUAGCUGGCAUUUGCAAUGAACUGUAAGUAAGGUCAAUGGUCAGAACAGAGCGGCACAUGUUUUUGGUAUCUGGAAACCACCCCCCGCUAGCGAGCCAUAGGCUAGAAAGAUAGACAAUUCAAUUCGUGGGACGUAACACUAGUAUCUAGGUAUUUGUGGAACUUCACGCUAGCGCAGGGCACACGUACACGUGCACACAUAAAACAAAACUACACUAGCGACUUCGCUCGGUGACACACACUCGUGGACUGUUCCUCGCGAGUAUUAGGAAACCGCAGUAGGCGAGAAGGCUAGAGAUGCCAAUUUGAAGUGUCACAUAGUAUUAGCGUAAGUUAUGUGCUGACCACUCCUACUGCGGUGGGGGAGGGGGGCACUGUGUGCGCGUGUAUAUCAAAAGUUUUCCCUCUCUCAUGCAUCCCGGCCAGCGGCAGGUUAGCAAAGGUAGUCGAACAGGGAUCGACAAACAGCCAUAAUGCGUAGGUAUUAUAGACAACGAGGUCGUCACCGGGACUGCGAAGCGGUUCCGUUCCGGUUCGAUUCGAUUUUGUACAAAGCCCUAUACCUAUCAGACACACUCUACUUGCAUCGAGGAUUUCGGGUGGGGUGGGUGGGCGAU